AUGCCAGACACUGUCACCUCUGUUAUGGGGCUCGGCACACAAAGACGGGUCUCUGACAUGGAAUCAGUUUGGGUAUUACUCCUGGCAAGUUUAUUGGUGGUGUUUGUAGUCACAGCUUUCAUCCAUCGGUCCCAGAACACACUUCUCACUGGUGCUGGUACUGGCAUUGGUACGGAGAAUGGGGAGGGCAAUCCUGGUUCUGUGUGGUGGACCUCCUGCCUGUGGACGGUGUGUUCCUCCCUCGCUCAGUCCAGCACCUGGUGGCCAUCCGGCAGUGCCCUCCGCAUCGUGGCCGGUACAUGGCUUUUGAUGGUACUCAUCCUCACUACUGUGUAUCGCUCCAACCUCAAGGCAAUGAUCAUUAUCCCCAAGAUGCGCCUUCCCUUUAAUAGCAUGGCGGAGUUGCUGGAGACGGAUAUUCCUUGCUACGUGCCGCGUGGCAGCAUCAUUCAUCUUCUGAUGGAGCUUUACCACACUUUGACUUGUCUUUCUUUUGGCUACUGCAUCAUUGAGUCCUGUCUGCAGAAACCCUGA